AUGCCAAAUGCAACAGAGCUUUCCCAAGCUGGAGUUAGCUUCGUUAAAGCUGGAUUACCUGACAAACUUGGGGAUAAAACAACUUUCAUGGAUCAUCUUAUCGACUCAGAAAAAGAUGUGAGUUUGCUUCGCCAAAAAGGAAUCAUAGAGAACUGGAUGGGAGAGGACAAAGAAGUGGCUAGCCUCUUCAACAAAAAUGGAAAUGGGGUCACUACAAUUUACGAGAAAAUAUCAGACGAUGACAUAAAGUGGAAUAAGGUCAUGUCAAAUGCAACAGAGCUUUCCGAAGCAGCAGUUAGCUUUGCAAAGGUCAAUCAUACAACAAAUUUAUUUGAUAUAAAGUUUGAGAAUGGAUUGAUGACAAUACCUUCUAUUGCUAUGGUAGAUAGUAUGGAAACCCUCAUGCGAAAUAUCAUUGUUUAUGAGCAACAAUCAACUGAUGAUUUAGAAUAUUUAUAUUUCAGUGAUUAUGCAACUUUCAUGGAUCAUCUUAUCAACUCAGAUAAAGAUGUGAGUUUGCUUUGCCGUAAAAAAAUCAUAGUGAACUGGAUAGGAGAGGACAAAGAAGUGGCUAGCCUCUUCAACAAAAUUGGAAAUGGUGUCAUUGUUUAUUCCAACUUCUAUUACAAACAAGUAUUCACAAAAGCAGUUAAACAUUGUGAUGAAAAACCAUGGAACAGAAUGAAGGCACAAUUAUUUUAG